AUGAGCUCAGAAUCAUACACUUCAAUCUGGGAUAUCUCUGUUACUGAUAUCAACGGCACUGCUUAUCCAAAACUGGGAGAAAAAUUUGGAACUGAUAAGCCUAAAUUAUCAAUCGUAGUAAAUGUUGCCUCAGAAUGUGGACUUACAGAAUCAAAUUAUUCACAGCUUACUGAAAUCUAGAAGAAAUACAAAGAUCAAGGCUUUGAAGUAUUAGCUUUCCCUUGUAACUAAUUCGGAGCUUAAGAACCAGGCUCUAAUUCUUAGAUCUUUGAAUUCGUCUGCACCAAGUACAGUGCAAACUUCCAUCUCUUUGAUAAAAUAGAUGUAAAUGGGGAAAAUACACAUGAGCUCUAUCAAUAUCUUAAAUCAAAGGGAGGACUUGACUAGGUAACUUGGAACUUCGGCAAAUUCCUAAUUGAUUAACAAGGCAACUUUUUGGAAUAUGCUGAUCCUGAGGUUGAGCCAAAUGAACUUAUCCCAAAGAUUGAGAAGUAUCUCUCAAACUGA